AUGGCUGACCAGCUGACAGAGGAGCAAAUUGCGGAGUUCAAGGAGGCGUUCAGCCUCUUCGAUAAAGACGGCGAUGGGACAAUCACUACAAAGGAACUCGGUACCGUCAUGCGGUCACUGGGCCAGAACCCGACAGAGGCAGAACUUCAGGAUAUGAUCAAUGAGGUUGAUGCUGAUGGAAAUGGCACAAUCGAUUUCCCGGAGUUCCUUACUCUUAUGGCACGGAAGAUGAAGGACACUGACACAGAAGAAGAGUUAAUCGAAGCAUUCAAGGUGUUCGAUCGGGACGGCAACGGCUUCAUUAGCGCGGCCGAGCUGCGACACGUUAUGACAAAUUUGGGAGAAAAGCUUACAGACGAAGAAGUGGACGAGAUGAUUCGAGAAGCAGAUGUGGAUGGCGAUGGCCAGAUUAACUACGAGGAGUUUGUAAAAAUGAUGAUGGCAAAGUAA